AGGUAGGGGGAGCCGCCGCUGGGUAGCAGCUCUGUGAGGUGGAGGUGAGGGGUAAUCUCCGGCGGAGAGAGAGACACAGCGAGAGAGGGAACACAAGCAGGGGGAGUGGGAGAGGGAGAAGCAGGCUUCCCGCCGAGCAGGGAGCCCGAUGCGGAACUCGAUCCCAGGACCCUGGGAUCAUGACCUGAGCCGAAGGCAGACGCUUAACGACUGAGCCACCCAGACAUGGAUUUAGAUGCUAUUAGAGAAUACUCAGCAUUACAUGCCAAACCCAAUGGACUCGUUCUUCAAUAUGGGACUGCUGGCUUUCGAACGAAAGCAGAACAUCUUGAUCAUGUCAUGUUUCGCAUGGGAUUAUUAGCUGUCCUGAGGUCAAAACAGACAAAGUCUACAAUAGGAGUCAUGGUAACGGCAUCACACAAUCCUGAGGAAGACAAUGGGGUAAAGUUGGUUGAUCCUUUGGGUGAAAUGUUGGCACCGUCCUGGGAGGAACAUGCUACCUGUUUGGCAAAUGCUGAGGAACACGAGAUGCCGAGAAUGUUGAUGGACAUCAGUGUGAAAGCAGCCGUGAAUCUGCAACAAGAUGCCUUCGUAGUGAUUGGUAGAGAUACCAGGCCUAGCAGCAAGAAACUUUCACAGUCUGUAAUAGAUGGUGUGACUGUUUUAGAAGGUCAAUUCCAUGAUUACGGCUUGUUAACAACGCCCCAGCUACACUACAUGGUGUACUGUCGAAAUACCAGCGGCCAAUAUGGAAAGGCAACCAUAGAAGGUUACUAUGAGAAACUCUCUAAGGCCUUUAUGGAGCUUACCAAACAGGCUUUCUGCAGUGGAGAUGAAUAUAGAUCACUUAAGGUGGACUGCGCAAACGGCAUAGGGGCCCUGAAGCUGAGAGAAAUGGAACACUACAUUUCCCAGGGUCUGGCAGUUCAGCUGUUUAACGAUGGAACCAAAGGGAAACUCAACCAUUUAUGUGGGGCUGACUUUGUGAAAAGUCAUCAGAAGCCUCCACAGGGAAUGGAAAUGAAGUCUAAUGAAAGAUGCUGUUCCUUUGAUGGAGAUGCAGACAGAAUUGUUUAUUACUACCUUGAUGUAGAUGGUCACUUUCAUCUCAUAGAUGGAGACAAGAUAGCAACACUAAUUAGCAGUUUCCUUAAAGAGCUCCUGUUGGAGAUUGGAGAAAGUUUGAAUAUUGGUGUUGUACAAACUGCGUAUGCAAAUGGAAGUUCAACACGAUAUCUUGAAGAAGUUAUGAAGGUGCCUGUCUAUUGUACUAAAACUGGUGUAAAACAUUUGCACCACAAGGCUCAAGAGUUUGACAUUGGAGUUUAUUUUGAAGCAAAUGGGCAUGGCACGGUACUGUUUAGUAAAGCUGCUGAAACAAAGAUAAAACUAGCAAAAGAAUUAGAAGAUAAGAAAAGGGAAGCUGCUAAGAUGCUUGAAAAUGUUAUUGACUUGUUUAACCAGGCAGCUGGUGAUGCUAUUUCUGACAUGCUGGUGAUUGAGGCAAUCUUGAUUCUGAAGGGCCUGACUGUACAGCAGUGGGAUGCUCUUUAUGCGGAUCUCCCAAACAGACAGCUCAAAGUUAAGGUUGCAGACAGGCAAGUUAUUAGCACCACUGAUGCUGAAAGACAAGUAGUUACACCUCCGGGACUACAGGAGGCCAUCAAUGACCUGGUGAAGAAGUACAAGCUUUCCCGAGCUUUUGUCCGGCCUUCUGGUACGGAAGAUAUAGUCCGAGUAUAUGCAGAAGCGGACUCGCAGGAAAAUGCGGAUAGCCUCGCACAUGCAGUGAGCCUGGCAGUAUUUCAGCUGGCUGGAGGAGUUGGAGAAACACCCCAACCAGGUUUCUGAAGACAGUUUUUUAUGUUCAUGAGAAACUGGGUUUUUAAAAAGUUUUUUUACAAAAUAGUACUGCCAUUAUGGUGACAGGUUCAAACACAUUUGUAAUCACGUUUACAGUGCAUCUUACUAGACUGCUUCUAGAACAGAUUGUUUUUCUUAAACACUACCAUAAGUAAUUGUUUAGAAGUAGGUAAGCCUUAUUCUUAUUAAAUUUAGUUUUUAAAAAGCAAAACUUACCGAAUUUCAGUCUCACUAAUGUAAAGUACCUGGGCUUCGCUAUGUGAUUCAGUCAUUAACUUUCUUCAUGAGGGCUGCUGGAAAAGUAAACCUUAUUAUCAGCUCCUUGGAGUGUCUUUUCCAUCGCCAUUACCUAGCCAGGCUUGCUGUUUUGCAGGAUUCACCAUUGUUGAUACGAAUGGGGAGGGUGGAAAAGACUUUAUACAAACAAUUUUUUUAGAAUGAUUCUUAAAUGACUUACCUCUUCGAUGAACAUCACCAGGAAUUCAGAGGUGUGAGAUGGAGACUGUGCAUCUCUACUCCAUAUGGAGGUUGAGAUGCUCAUGCUACAUUUAGGAGGAUGCAUGGCCUGGGCUCCAGUUAUUCUAUACUCCUCUUAGUGAAGGCAUGUGGGAGAAAACUAAUGGUCAUACCUUACCACGCCUCCGACAGAAAAGUGACGCCAUUCUGAUACUAGAAUGUGGUCAGUAAUAGAAGAUCCCAACAAAUCUAAAUUAAACAAAGCCUGAAACCAAUAGCAAAAAAUGUGCAGUGUGUAUUUUGCAGGUUUAAGACAAUUCAGGACAGUAAAACAAUGGACUAUAGAUGUAUAUAUAGAUCUCUCUCAGGCACCAUAAUCAAUAUGAGCCAACAAUAUUUAAACUUGAUUCAGGCCACAUUCAGACAUUUUUGCUCUUAUUUACAAAUAUUUAAAUUAAAUACAACCUGAAAUGUGUUUUGUUACAUACAAAAAAGAAAAAAAGAAACUAUACAACUCAGAGCAAUGUUUUAGUUUUAAAUAAUUACAUUUACAUCUAGUUAAAUGGACCACUUGUAAUGCCUCAAGUUUUUAUCACCCCUUCCAGAAAAUCUUUUUCUACCAUCUCUUCUAUUUUUUGCCUGGCUUUGCUGGAAAAUGGUUUGUGGUUUUCCAGUUUCAUGUCCUUGUUAGGGAAGGUGUUUGAGUAGAGGAUGGGGCUCCCUGAGUGUCCUGCACACCGGCUGGUGACUUUGCUGUUGAAGACUUGGCUGAGCACAUUGAAGAACGGCAGGAGCUGCUCGAUACUGCGCACGGCGCAGAUGGUGAGCAGCAAGUGCCCCGGCUCCCAACCCAACGUUCUCCCUGAGUUGUCUUCCUCCGGAUUCUUCUGUAGAAAACACAAGGGGUUGUUAUACAGAUGAAUACAGUCCAUGAGAACAUUUCAAAGGGUAUAAACAUCAGCAACAGUUAAAUACAAAUGAUGACAUUAAGUCUCCAUUCCAGACUUGAUUAAACUCCUGCUUCUAACUGAAGCCUCUUCGUGCCAGUUAUGAAGUGUGGGUAGAAGGGUCCAAUGCUGUAGUCACAUUUUCCAACUGGAAUGUGUAAGUACGCUUCUUAGCGGAAUUGGUUUUGGAGAGGGAGAGUCAAAUAUUAAGAGUUUAUGUUGUGCUUUGCAUAUACUCAAAAAGCUCCCAGAUUUCUGGACUCCCGCUAAGGUGACCCAGGACUAAGUCACAAAGUAACCACAGAAGAAGGUUAGGAAGAGACAGCAGUCUUCUCCACAUCACCACUAGUAAAUCAGGUAGUUCCCUUCUAGCCAAAUGGCUUAAGCUUGCCACAGUGUGGUAGCAGGCUUCCAAGUGAAUAACUCAGUACGAGAGAAAGGAAAGGAGCACUCAGCAGAGACACUGCCAUCUGCUUCUUGUGUUAAACAACACGGGGAGGAAAGCUGGACCUGGGGUCAAAAUAACGGGGUGGGUGUCACGGCUCUAUAUUUACUCCCUGGGGGACAUCCUUGGGCAAGAUACAGAAAGGUUCCUCACUUUUAAAAAGUGGGGAAACAAUCUAUUUUCCAGCAGAGAAGUCAAACGAGAAUGUAGGUGAAAACUGUCAACUAAAUGUAAAUGCAAUUAAAAUAAUUUGUGUACCAAGAGGCUGGUUUAAGAAGCCAACUAGAUUAUAUAAAGAUGUAGACAUCAGUCUAUCUAGGGAAAGUUACGAGAGAACUGGAGAUGUCUGAGUUUGGGCAGAAUCACAGAUAUAAAAACACAGAGUGGAGAGAAUGAAAACAGACAUGGACUGGAUAGAAAAUGGGAAAAAAAAUCAUCAAGGGGGACUUAAAAAGCAGAACUACUACAAUCUGUCCUAUUGGUUAACAAAUGGAGUUUGCCUUCUCAGAUCAGAUGUUUCUUUCACUGUUAAUCUACUUUUUAGUAACACUAGUUUCCUAGUGGAGAAAGCAGAUGCAAAAUCCAGCUUGUCAUGUGUGAUCACAAGCUUUGUUUAUUUAAAAAUGAAAUCCUGAGAAAGGAAAAUAGAUUUAAGUUAAAACAGGAGCAAACAAAAAAAGAUCAUCCAGUUCUUUAGAGCCAGAAAAAAAAAAAAACAAAACCCAGCAAUUCUUUAACCUCCAAUCUAAAAUACAGGAUAUAGAAAACCUCUUCCUUUUGCUUAACUAGAACACUGGCUUUAAUGACAGUCCCGGGACCUACUUUCCCAUCACUGACUACCAUUCGGUGGCUGACCAUACCACCUUUCCAGUCCCCUAAAUUAAACUGCAAUCCAAAAGUAAUUAAAGGGUAAAGAGAUGAAUUUAUCCUGAGGGAAAAGGCAUAAUAUGCUUGAACCCUCCAUACAACUAGUUUCCAAAUGUAACUGAGGUGUAAUCUUUUGUUUAUAUUCCUGCCAAGAUGUACCUGUAAGAGAGGGACUUUUACUACUAAGCUCUUGACUGAUAAAGAGUGCCCUUGUUUUGGUGUUCUGCUCUUCAUUAGAACUGUAACACCUCCUCAGUAAUAAAUAAAAAGUCAGACA